AUGUCAUUUUUCCGCCGCUUUUUUUCCAAGGAAGUCUGCACUGCAGACGCAUACCCUUCACCGCCGUCUUCUACCAGCACCUCAUCCUGGAGGAAGAGGCGAACGGAAGGUUCUUCAGAAAGUGAUGGAGAACCAUUUCUUGGAGACACAUCGAUUCACAAUCAAGACUACAGAUGUGGAGGACCUGUUUUAGUAGAACUACCAGCGAUCUCGCAAAUCCCACAUACUCAUAAUCCCGUAAACGCCAAGUGGGAGGACGAACUUAAAACACCCGUGAUGGAAAUUCUGAACAAACACAAUAUAGACUACAAUGGAGUUUACCCCGUGCAACGCGCUUCGGAGGCAGCGAUCCACAAAGACUGGCAGGAUACUCUCCUAGUUUCAGCCACGAAACAUGCUUUAGAUGAUGCGUGGUAUAAAGCUUGCAAAGAGAUCCAGACGUUCCUCAUAGCGAAAGAUACCCCCUUUAAUAUCGAAAUGAUUGAUGAGCGUGCCAGCAUAUACCCAAGAGCAUAUGCAAUUGGCCUUCAGGAUCCUUUCGUUGCACAAUGGCCAUCUCUAAGAGAUGCAGUUAUAGAUACGCUUGGUGACAGCGACUGGACUUUGCUUCAACCCUUAUUACUAGGAUCGUCCGAUGGCCUUGGUCCCCGCACUAUCACGGUUUCGCUUAUGGUGAGGUUCGAAUCUACAUGUAUUUGGACUAGUAUUCGUGAGCGGAUCAUCAAAAUCCUUGAUAAUCAAGGACUUUACCAUGUUGCAGUAGCAAUCCAUCGUGGGUCAGUUCUGCAGACACUUCUAGAGCCUCGCCUUUUGGAGAAAAGAGAUUGGGAGCUAUCAACAGUUUUCGGCGGUAGCAUCGGCUUACGUGGUUCAGAUGAUUCUUCCGGAACUUUUGGCGGUUACCUCGAAUUACAAUCAACUGACGGGACAUGGCAAAAGUAUGGCAUUACAAACUACCAUUGUAUCAGGAAUGGGCUUUCGUAUCAUGAAUACUGUGAUCAGCAUGGAGUCAACCCCGAUGAUGCCCAAAACAAUCCAAUACUUGUUGAUCAACCCAGCCUAAAGUGCCACAAACGAACUGUUAAGGAAUACCUCUCCAAUAUCAAAGAGGCUGAGAACGUAGUUUCAGCCGAGAUACAGCAGCAGAUACAGGCCGGAGAUCCAUCCGUCCCAAUGGGCAAAAUUCGCCUCUACGAAAAAAACCAGAAGGUUAUUGAAGCAACUAGUACGCUAAUUGACCAGGGAACUAGAUUCAUCCAGGAGAAGCACCACCACCUGGGUAGAGUCUAUGCUGCGUCUGGGUUUCGAGCGACUGACCGGCUACAUCUCCUUGAUUGGGCCUUAAUCGAAGUUAGAAAGGAAAGGUUGGGUAAAAAUGAGAUCCCCCAAAUAUCCGAUCCUACUAUGCCGACAAAAGUGAAAACCCUAUAUGACCCGGACGAAAAGUAUAUCUCUGGGACUGCAGCAUUGACAGAUGAAAUGACAUUGUUCAAGAAGGGAAAUCGUACUGGCUUUACUGCUGGACAGCUCACCGGCACCAAAGAAGCCACACUUCAACAUUGGAUCAAGAACAAGGAAGGUAAGUGGACAAAGGUUAUGGGCCGAGCCUACAGCGUUGCUCCAAGAUCGAACUCUGCAUUUGGUGACGCUGGGGAUUCCGGAUCGCUUGUUAUUGAUGAAUCCGGAAAACUUGCCGGCCUGUACCUCGGCGGUCAUAGGAACAUUGGAUGGGGCCUCUUCAUCAGCUGGGAAGAUCUAUUUGCGGAUAUCCAACUCAUGACAGGCGCAAAAAAAGUCCGUGUUCCAUCUACAUAA